AUGUCGACCAAACGCGAUCUCUUCGGCGGCGCCAUCACGGCAACUCUACCAAGUUCCCUCAUCGACGCAUCCGAUUUACGCCAAGUGCCUGAUACUCAGGAAGUUUUCCUCUCACCUACUUCCGAUGUCAGCAUCAUUCUUGAGAUCCUCGAAAGCGUCCCGCCAACCGAUCUCGUCGACGCAGCCAAAUUCCACUUUGACUCGCUUGCGCACGACAAUGAGGCAACAGCGCCGACCGUGCUGGACGUGACUACGAUACCGAACGAUCGCGGUGACGGCACGCCUUCACCGACCGUACUCAAUGGGACCCAGCAAGUGCGCAAGUUCAACCGCUCGAACGCGGAUGACGUGCGCAUCUAUAUGGCAGUGUACCGUGUACCAGGGAAGGGUGUCGACGUGGUACUCACGAUGAAUGUGCCGUUCGUCGACGAAACGCAGUUGGCAGAGGCCAAGAGCGUCUUCAACGUCGCGGCUCGUUCACUGGCCAUUAUCGACUAUUCCCUCUUUGCAUGA